AUGAGUUGCAAUGGUUGUCGCGUUCUUCGAAAAGGUUGCAGCGAGAAUUGCAUCCUCCGUCCAUGUAUCCAAUGGAUCGAAUCCCCCGAAGCUCAAGGCCACGCCACCGUCUUCGUCGCUAAGUUCUUCGGCCGCGCCGGUCUCAUGUCCUUCAUCUCCGCCGUACCGGAAUCUCAGUGCCCGGCUUUGUUCCAGUCCUUGCUCUACGAAGCUUGUGGGAGAACUGUGAAUCCGGUGAACGGCGCCGUCGGGUUGUUGUGGACGGGGAAUUGGAAUAUUUGUCAAGCGGCGGUUGAGACGGUUCUCCGCGGCGGUUCCUUGAGACCGAUCCCGGAGCUUCUCACCCGUGGCGGCGGAUUCGCGGGUUUUCCGUCUCCUACUUCCGAGGAAGCAUCUGAGAUCUGCACGGAAAUGCUGAAUCUCCGUCAAGAUGAUUCCGGUGACAGGAAUAUCUAUCACCACUGCCGAUUCUCGAGCUCUAGAUCCAGAUCGACGGCUUCUCCGCCGAAACGGAAACGGCUAGCGUCGGAGCAACAGAAGCCCUCGUCGGAGCUGGAUCUCUCUCUAAUCCCUGUUUUUCCGAUUAAAACACCACCGUUCGAGGAGGAAAUGCGUCGACCGGAAACACCGUCGAUGUACUCUGAGGAAUCCGUGACGACGGUGUCGUUUCGGGACAACUACGCCGGUGAUCGGUACGUACGCGGAGGAGGAGGAGAAACGGCAAAGUUGCUCAACCUUUUCGCAUGA